AUGGAUGCGAUCCCACCUGAGUACGAUAAGGACACCAAGGAGCGCAUAUACCGCCAAGAAUGGCUCGAGUAUUUUAAUUACAUUGGAUGGGACAGAGCGGUAUCUGAACAUCCAGAGCAGUAUUACUCCAUCUUUCCCGGGGGCCAUCACCACGCAUUACACAACAUGAACAACGGGGGGUCGGUUAUGGGCGAUAUAAUGGGGAAACAAGAGAAUAUUGGUUCUAUAGGCGUGUCAGCUCCUAUUUUAGGUAAUCAGCGGCCAGCCGGUGGUGCAUCAUAUAGAGCUGGCAUCCUUGCACCACCGGUGAUGACGACAGCCUCCGCUGCCGCAAAAAUGUUUCUGGAUGACGGAAGCAGUAGCGGUAGUGAUGGUGACAGUCGGUACUCUUCUCGCUCUUCCUCUUCCUCUAGCGAUGCAUCAUCACUGGACGGGAGCAAGGAACGUGAUGGUGAAGUAAACCGUGGUCAAAGGCGCUAUGAGCGUGCCGCGGAAGCUGGGGCGUCAGAGGCUGACACGAAAAAGAGUGCCUCCAACCGUCGGCGUCAUCGGAGCGGUAGUGGCACCAAGCGCCGCUCUCGGUCCCGUCACAGGCAUCGUGAUAAGUCGAGGCGACGCAGCACCAACAAUGAUAAAAAGUCAGGGCGAAAACGAGAGCGCAGUAAAGACGCGGAGGAAAGUCGGGCACGACGUGACGACAAACCGCCAAGAAACGAACAAAAAACAGGUCGACGCGACGAGCGGCGGGAGCGUGACAACAAGCACCGAUCGAACGACAGGGACGAGCGCCGCCACCACCACCACCGUUCUGACAAGCCUCAUGGAAGUGAACAUGGGCGUAACCGCGAUCGUGAACGUGAUCGGGAACGGGAACGGGACCGGGAUCGUGGCCGUGAGCGUGAGCGGGAGCGUGACCGGGACCGGGACUGGGACCGCCGGAAAGAGAAGGCACCAGCGGGUGGCGGUAGUUCCAAUGGGAGUCGGUCGCACAAGGGACAUUAUAUUCUUCACGAAGGCAAUGAUAAGUUUCGUGGAAGGGGGGAUGGAUCGAUAUCUGCCGGGGGUGAUAGGUAUGAUGACAGAAGGGAAGAUGCUCGCCAGCGAAGGCAACGUGAUGAAGGGCGAUACAGGAGGUAG